AUGUACAGAGUACAAGGCAUCUGUCCCGUCAGCUUUGAAGUAAUCAAGAGGGGAGAUGGCAGCUGCAAAAUUCCAUAUGUGACUCCAUGUAUGAAUCAUCAGAAUGUUAUAAGUCAUGGAAACAACAGCAAAACCAACAGAUACUACAACAACAGAUCCACCAUCAACAGAAAUAGUGCCAAUAAAAGAAUCAAAAGGCAGCAACAGCACGAAGAACCCUGUCAGCACCACCACCACAACCACUACCACUACCACCACCACCACCUCCGGCCACAGAAACAGCAGCAGCAACAACAGCAGCAGCAACUGAACCAACAACAACAGUAG